AUGGAUCUACUCGAGGAAGCUGAAUUUACUAAUUGCAAGCCAGUUGCCACCUUAAUCAACAGCAAACUCAAGCUUACCAUAGAUGGUGAAGUACUAAAAAAUGUCACAUAUUAUAAAAGAUUGGUUGGUAAGCUAAUCUAUCUUACCAUCACUCGUCCAGACAUUACUUUUGCUGUCAGCUUGGUCAGUCAAUUCAUACAAGCACCCACAGUUGAACGUCUCAGUAUUGUUAAAAGGAUCCUUCGCUAUCUCAAAGAGUCCAUCAAUCGGGGUAUUCUUCUGCAUAACAAUCAUUCCACUGAGAUUCAUGCAUACACUGUUGCUGACUGGGCAGGCAAUGCAAUUGAUACAAAAUCCACCACUAGUUAUUGCACACUUGUUCGAGGCAACAUUCUUACUUGGAAGAGUAAAAAGCAACAAGUUAUUGCCCGCUCGAGUGCUAAAGCUAAGUACUGA